GUAAAGUUAGUCAGAGUGUGAGCCACGCUGCAGUCGAGACAAGUCUCUGUUUCUCUCUAAAAGAAAAUUCACACUGACUUCAUCAGGUCUUUGUCAACAACACAGCAGAGUCUCUGCCCAACACUGUGUGUAGAUAUGGCUGCUGCAAGCUAUCUGCCAUCUGAAGAUCAGUUUCUGUGCUCCAUCUGUCUGGAUGUGUUCACUGAUCCUGUCAGCACACCAUGUGGACACAACUUCUGCAAAAACUGCAUCACUAAACACUGGAAUAUUAGUGACAGGUGCCAGUGUCCAAUGUGUAAAAAGGUUUUCGACACAAGACCUGAGCUGCGAGUCAACACUUUCAUCUCUGAGAUGGUCGCUCAGUUCAAACAGUCAGCUCAACAGAAAGCCAGCAGCAGCAGCUCACAGCAACAAGUGUCCACACCAGGAGAUGUUCCCUGUGACGUCUGCACUGGAACCAAACUGAAGGCCCUGAAGUCCUGCCUGGUGUGUCUGGCCUCCUACUGUGAGACUCACCUGGAGCCUCAUCUGACAAUGUCAGGCCUGAAAAGACAUCAGCUGAUCGACCCUGUGGAGAACCUGGAAGACAGGAUGUGUACGAAGCACGAUAAACCUCUGGAGCUGUUCUGUAAGACCGACCAGACAUGUGUCUGCAUGCUCUGCCAUGUUUCAGACCACAAGACACAUGAUGUUGUUCCUCUGAAAGAAGGAUAUGAAGAAAAGAAGGCUGAGCUGGAGGCUGAAAUUCAGCAGAUGAUCCUGAAGAGACGACUGAAGAUUCAGGAGAUUAAACGCUCAGUCGACCUCAGUGAGAAAGAUGCAGACAGAGAGAUAGCAGAAGGUGCUCAAGCUUUCACGGCUCUGAAGGAGUCCGCUGAGAGAGGCCAGGCCAAUCUCAUCGACACCAUUAAAGACAAGCAGAAAACAAUGAAAAGAAAGGCCGAAGUCUGCAUUGAAGAACUGGAGCAGGAAAUUUCUGAGCUUAGGAAAAGAAGCACUGAAGUGGAGCAGCUCUCGCGCCCAGAGGACCACCUCCAUCUUCUCCAGAACGUCGAGUCCCUAAACACCCACCACCCAACACCCACCAAGGACUGGACAGUGGUCACCUUCUGUCCAUUGUAUGAGGGGACUGUGACGAGAGGUGUGUCUCAGAUGGAGGAGACACUCAGUAAAGAGACGAGGAAGCUGGUUGAAGCUGAGCUGAAGAGAGUCCAGCAGUAUGCAGUGAAUGUGACUCUUGAUCCUGAUACAGCACAUCCUGAACUUCUCCUGUCUGAUGAUGGGAAACAAGUGCAUCAUAGUGACGAGAAGGAAUGUUUCAGCUACAGUCGAGACAGAUUUACUCAUCAAUAUCGGGUUUUAGGAAAGCAGAGUUUCUCUUCAGGCAGAUUUUACUUUGAGGUUCAAGUUCGAAGAAAGACUGAAUGGACUUUAGGAGUGGCCAGAGAGUCAAUUCGCAGGAGAGGAUACAACAGACUGAGUCCUUACAAUGGUUACUGGACCAUAUGGUUGAGAGAAGGAAAUGAAUAUGCUGCUCUUACUGAACCUUUAGUCCGUCUCUCUCUGAAGUCUCAGCCUCAGAAGGUGGGGGUGUUUGUGGAUUAUGAGGAGGGUCUGGUCUCCUUUUAUGACGUAGAUGCUGCAGCUCUUAUCUACUCCUUUACUGGCUGCUCCUUCACUGAGAAACUCUUCCCAUUCUUUAGUCCCGAAUGUAAUGAUGAUGGUAGAAACUCUGAUCCUCUGAUCAUCUCUCCUGUCAGAGUAAAAUAAUCCCUUCUUAGGGUGUGGGCAGUAUCUGGUUUUUCAUACCUUCAUACCCCCCUGAACUUUUACUGGGGUAUAUGGUACAUAACGGUAUCACACUUCAUUCUAACUGGACAGAAACAAAAAACAAGGAUCACCAGGAUAAUCUUGUUAGUCAUCUAGUUAGUUGGUCCACUAUUCCACCAAUCACCAGCUCUGGUUUUCUUCAUAAUAAUCCCUUUAAACACCGAGUUGGAUGUCAAAAAUAUGCUGUUUUUGGUGUCUCUCUCUCAGUUGUUGCUGGCCGUCUCUUUACUGCAACAUUAUCCCCCACCACCACUCUGGAGAAUGACCUCUGGUGGUGCAUGCUGUGCAUUACAUACAAUGGGUUUAACAGACAGAGGAGGGCGCAUAUUUCUGACGGUACUGAAAAUCAUAAUGUCAGGAUUUCUGAAUACCCUAAUAUACCGUAAUACUGGGGAUACCCCCCAAGCCUAUCCAUGUUAUUUCAUAUACUUAUUU